UUAGCAAUAUGUUAAUGAUCGAUAGGUUUAGGCAAGCUUUGUUUAUACAGGCUAACUACCUUUAUAAGACAAUAUUGUCAUCACGUCAUAUUGACGGUCGGUACACACAUACACGUUUCCUGUGAAAAAGGUAUCAAAACUGUAUGUGAAAUCAGAGGGAGAUCAAUGCUUUGCUAGAGAUGUAACAGGCUGUGCUAUUGUCACCCAAGUGUGAAUAGUUACACCACAUAUAUAACAAUACAGAAAACAUGGACACGCUAGUAUUUUGCAGGGAUAGGUUUGUUAUGGCUACGGUUUUGUUGAUGAUCUUCAUUGCCUCUUCUGUACUAACAUACAUCAUUAUAGAGUCGGAGGGCAUGUCAGUCCUCCCAAAAAUGAUGUCAGUCCAUGGAAUGCCACAACCACGGCAAGUUCAUAUGCACUUUUACAACCCUCCCGAAUGGUUCAGCAGAUACAACGUGUUCCGAGGAUGUCCAAGUAACUGUUCUAUGUCGGUUGGACGAGGUCAGGACUAUUACGAUAAAGAUGUGGUGAUUUUCUUCGGCCCACGUCUUGGUCCAAAACCGGUGAAGAAGAGACGAGGACAAAUAUGGGUUCUUCAUGGUAAAGAGGCACCACCACAGCACAAUCAUAUCCAAAAAUGGAAGAGACUUUUUAAUUGGACAAUGACGUAUCGCAGAGAUUCGGAUUUUCCUCAUAUGUACGGAGAGUUCCGAACUGUUCCUAACCCGUCAGCGCGGCUACCAAACACAACAUUUAAAUUUGCAUCUGUACACAAUUCGACAAUGCCUCCUAAGCCGAAGAAUAAAGCUCAUCCCACAGCUUGGUUUGUUUCCCAUUGUCAGACACAGAGCAAAAGAAAGGAGUACGUAACAGCUCUCAGAAACACGCAUGCUGUAGAUAUAUUUGGAGUUUGUGGUACCAGUAGGUGUGCUAGGGGUAAGGAACACGGAUGUCUAACGCCAUACAAGUUUUAUUUGUCAUUUGAAAACUCCUUAUGUAGGGAUUACAUCACGGAAAAGACUUUUAAAAUAUUUCAAAAUGAAUUUGACACUGUUCCCAUAACCCGUGGUAUUGGUGGACAUUAUUCCUUAUAUCUACCGCCGGAGUCAUUUAUAGAUACCAGUAAUUACAAAAACAUUGACCAACUAGGACAUUUUUUAAAUCACCUCAACAAAAACGAAACAUUAUAUUUAAAGUAUUUCAAAUGGAGAAGACAUUACCAGCCUCGAUCUGAUGCUUAUUACUCGUUCUGUGAGCUUUGUAAUCGAAUGCACCGGCCCGAUGUCUACACACGGUAUCGUAGAUUGUAUGACGAUAUCCAUCAGUGGUUCUUUGGAUCACCCAAUGUAACCAUCUGUAAAACCCCAACUGAUCUACGAAGAUGACUCCCCAGCAAUGUAACAAAAUUGUAACUAUUUAUUAAUUAAAUGUGCUGAAUUCAUCCUAAAGUGUGACCAUGUGUUAAGACGUAAGAUACACCUAUAUGCACGAGUUCCUCGCAUUCCUAUAACAAACUGAAUGAGAAGUGUCAGUUCAAAUUGAAUGGUAAAAUUUAACUUCGCAGAUGUUAUUUCAUUAUUUUAGAUACAGCCAUUUAAACUUUGAAGUCUUCAACCAUCAACACAGAGUGAACUGUAAGAAAGUUCUUGGUACCUCUUGUUAUUCAAAACAGGAAUACCAUCAGGUAGGAACGCGUUUGGUCGUCUCUUGUUGCUAAGACAGCUGUUAUUUCUCGCUGUACAGAGUUCUCAUGGUCACUCAUUUGUCUCAUACGGAUGUCGAUAUUGAGUGAGAGAAUCGGCAAGCUAAGAGAGGUGGUUUGGGGAUAGGGGUUAAGUUGACUGUGCAAUCUCCUCUCCAAUUUAUUCCAUAAAAUGUUCACUACGACCCCUCAAUAAUGAUUAUUUAUUUUUGCAUGAUGGUACCUUUGGGUCAUACCGACAUCAAUUGUCAAGUUAAAAACUAAACCGUUUCACCACUUGACAGAGGAGAAAAUGGCAUAUCUGCGAUUGAAGGCCUGCAUCUUUUUUUCCCCAUAUUGGAUUGAUGAUAAAAUUGAAAAAAUGUAAAAUGUGGGUCUAUAG